AUGGAUAAAGAAUAUUUUCGUUUCUAUAUUAAAGUGCGUACUGCACUUCAUAUUGAACCAAUAGUUAUUCAUAAUGAAUUACGUACUGUCUUUGGUGAUGAAGCUCCUUCUCUCAGAACUGUUCAAACAUGGUCAAAAUGGUUUCGUGAAGGUCGAGUAGAAGUUGAAGAUGAAGAAAGACCUGGCAGACCUAUAACGGAGACAACAUCUAAAAAUAUUAGACAAGUUUGCGAUCUUAUUAAUGAUGAUCCGUAUGUUACAGUUGGGGAACUUGAAGCACAAAGUGGUAUAAGACAUGAAACCGUCCAACAAAUUAUUUCUGAUCAUUUGCAGUUGAAAAAAAUUAUUGCACGAUAUGUUCUCAAACAUCUGACGAGCUUUCAAAAGGCUGAAUAA